AUGGAGAAGAGUGAAAGUAUUGUGAAAUUGAGAGUUGCUCGACGUCUUUUAGCAUUCUUCCAACUAAAUGGGAUGCUCUUGAUCACCCAUCCCCGGCGUGUGAUGCUGGAGAAGGUCCUUAUGGGUUUGGGUGCCUUCUACAUGGGAUUUCUCAUAUUGAGCAUAUCAACUGCAAUGUAUUUCCUCAAAUUAAUCUUCGACAUGAGGAACUCUUUGGGAUUAUUUAUGGAUGUAAUUCAACUGGCAAUUCCCGUCUCAACGCAUUUCUUCAUCCUCACGCAAUCCUUUACACGGAGGGAAUUUCACAGGAAAAUCUGGGAAAUGUUUGACGGUGUUGAGAUGUCCUUGCGCGGGAAUGGAAUUGUAACAGCAUGGAAUUUGAGGAAUUUCCUCGUGAGAUAUGCCACAAAGUUCAUAUUGCUCGUUGGGACGGCAUGUGGCAUUGAAGUGUUCAUCAUUGUAAUUAUUUUUCCUUCAACCAACGGUUGGAAAUGGCAUCGAAUGUUGGCUUUUACUCCCUUCUUGGGGAAUCGCCUCUGCCUGAUGAUGCUCAUGUUCUACACAGAACUCUACAGAGAAUUCCUCCAGAUCAUCGUGCAAGAGCUGAAAAAAGCGGCUGAUCUGGCACACGAUGAGGGUGCCAUUGAGAAGCCCCUAAAUCAGUUUGUGCUGUACCAAAAAUGCAAAUGCCUCCGGAGGAGCUUCAAUAUGCUCUGGCUCAUCAAUAAGUACAUCAAUAAAUCCUUUGGGUUGAGCAUCUUCUUCAACAUAACGAUGAAUUUUAUUAUUCUCAUCGUUGACUACUAUUGGAAUUUCAAAGCUUUCUUCCUAAAUUCCUCAGCCAACCCUUUGGCAUCUAUUCUCUGCUCAUUCCCACUAAUUGUCUGCCUUAUACCCUUCAUCCAAUCCUGCCACAGCUCAUUCCGCCCGAUUCCACAGAUUAAGCAUCUCAUCUCUGGGCUACACCUCCGUGGAACUCCUAAACACUUUGGACGCUUCUUCAAGCAAUUCUCCCUGCAAAUGCUUCAACUUAACUCCCAUCUCGAUGCUUCGGGAUUUUUCACCAUCAACUACGAACUCCUGCACAGUCUUGCUGGUGCUAUGUCCAUUUAUUUGGUUAUCUUCAUUCAAUUCGAAUUGGCCGAUCAUUACGUCUACAAUGUUGCAAUGUAA